AUGGAGUGUGAGAGUGGGAGUGGAAGUGGAAGUCCACCAAACAAUGCACAAGGUGCAACAACAAAACGUUUCCCUUGUUUAUACUGUUCAAGAAAGUUUCACAGUUCGCAAGCAUUGGGCGGCCAUCAAAACGCGCACAAGAAGGAACGAAACGCUGUCAAAAGCCAAAAGAGGAGCUGCGAGCAGCACUCUAUAGCCACCUUUCCGCCGCCGCCGCUUUUCCCUACCGUUGGCGUUCGCAGGCCUUUUCAGCCGUAUAUCGGCGGCGGCGGAGAUGCGGUGGAGCGGCUUUGGAAAAUGAAUGUCAUGAGAUGCAGUGGUGUAGAAACUGAAAGUGAUGGUGGCUGUGAGUUGGGGAUUGGGGAUCACAAGCUUGAUUUGUCUCUUCGUUUGUAA